AGAGCCGACGGUGGGACACAGAGAGCCUGUACCUUCGGUUUAUAGGAGCAAACGUGUUUGUUUGUUUGUUUUCCCCUCACCUUUCUUCCUCUUCGAAGCAGCAGCAGAAGCAACAACCGCGACGCCUGUGUUCGGUGUCGUUUUUUGUUGGUUUAUUGGUCUCUUUCACAGGCACCGGCGACGCUUCUCGCUGCGCUUCGUCAGAACACCCUCGCGUCGGUGCGUUUGCACUCCUUCUUGCUUCAGCAUCAUCUAUUCUCUUCUUGUUGUUGUUGUUUUUUCUCUUCUUUUAAGGGGAUCGUUGCUUUCCACCCUCCCCCGCCCGCCCCUUCUCCCAAACUGACGACAGGGAAGAACGCGGACAACCACAGCGUAGAGUACAACUUAGAAUAUUACAUUUUUACCUCUUGAAGACCGGCAUUGUUGUUCGUGCUGGUGUUUCUGUCGUCCGCAGCUGCACAGCAACAUCUGCCCUUUCCACAGCUGCAGCAGGCUUUAAAAAAGAAAAGCAGAAAACGGCGAAAGGAGAAGGCGCGGUUCAUCAUCGUUGUUGUGCCACCCCAAACGCAUCGAUUACUCCCUUUUUUUGUGAGGAAUUGAAGGCAUUGUUGUGUGUGUGUGAUUUUCCUUUCUUUUAUUCAUCGCCGUGAUUCAUCGUAUCUGCGCCUUCUCGCGAUCUUUCUCUUCUUCUUCUUACUUUACCUUUCUUCACGCUUCGGACGAGUUUGGGUUCUUUCUUGGUGCGCGGCGCGCUGUUCUUUUUAGCCUAGCUGGUUUAUUCGGGUUGAAUCUCCUCCGCCUUCGCCCCGCUCACAACGCCUUCGUACCGUUCUUCUCCAUCACGGUGUUGCUAUUCAGGCGCUUCGUCGCACAUGCUGUAGAAGAAAACACAGGCAACGGUACUGCUGUUGAUUUUUUGUUUGGUUGGCAUCACUACUAUCAUCUUCUGUUUCUGUCUUGUCCAGCUGCGACAGCUGCUGUCGUUCCUUUAGCUACUAUUUUGGGGGCCGGUUGAUUUUUUUUUUUUACUAUUCUCUUUCUUCCCUUUUUUUUCAGAUAGUACCCUUAUUGUAGUCAAACUCUCCCAAGCCUUUUAGAACGGUAAACUUGCGGAAGAGGGGAGACAGCAGUUUGAAGAAAGCCUGUGGUGCGGUGCCCAUCUGGCUGUAUGUGCGUCUGUCUGUGUUAGUGUGUAUGUGUCUGUGUGUGUGGUGACGCUUGUCUUUUUUCUGUUUGUUUGUUUCCCUUCCCCCCCCCCCCCCCGAUUUGUCUGCUCUGCUCGUUGUGCUCUUAUCGCCUUAAUCUGUUGAUACACCUCGUACUUUACUUCGUCGUCUUCCGCGUUCCAUCUUCGCGUUUUUCUUCUAAAGGUGUUGUUAUUCCCAUUGCUGAUAUUACUUCACGGAGAUCUCUGCUAUCACAGUUUUCCUCAUCUCUUUAUAUAUAUAUAUAUAUUAGUAUUAUUACUUCUUUGCUUGACUGGCUUUCCUCGUCCUUUUCUUUUUUGGAGAGAGGAAGAAGCGUGCCCCGUCAACGCUUGUAUGUGUGUGCGCACACUACUCUUCGAGAUUCUUUGUUUCUGAGAAUUUCAAUCAGCGUCAGUGCUGCGAUUAUAUUGUAUUUUUUUCGCCACGCAAAUGAAGCGUAAUAGCGUGACCGUGCAUCCGGCACCGCGCAGCUUCGAGGAACUGAAGCUCGAACGCUCCGGCGCCGGCAACACAGCCAACAACGGCAGCAGCAAUAACAGCCAUAGUGUUCAUCCGGAGGAUGAGACGGCGGGCUCCACCGUAGAAGCCACCUCGCCCCGGUCCUGCACGGACGGACCGCAGCCAUCGCACUCCUCUCCCGUCUUCGACGAGAACAUGGCAAGCUCGGCUGCCGCCACCGCCGCCCUGCGCCGCUCGAACGGAGGCGUGCGGCACCGCUACGACACGGGCGACGACGACGAGGCGGUCGUGGUGUCUGCCCCUCACUCUCUCAGCAGGGAUGCGGGUGUCCCCCUCGCACCUGCCCAAUCAGAAGCCAGCAAAGGCUCCCCAACGAGCGGCGGAGGAGGGGGGGAAGGGACGGCGCACGAGGCUCGGCGCGUUGGCAACGCGCACGGCAUCGAUCUAUCCAAGUCCCCCACCACGGCCGCGCUCGCUGCGGGUGCCAGAGCCGCCGGAGCCGCGCAGCCCUUUUUUUUCUCGCUGAAGCUGCCCUCCGCCCCGACGACGCACAUCGGGGCCGCGCGCACCGCGCCUCACCAGGCCACGACGAGCCUGGACAACAGUACCUCUUUCGACUCCCCCUACGGCAACACCACCGCGGCCGGAGAGCGACGCGACGACCGCCUCGGCGGUCACGCGUGGACGGCCUCCGUCGGCUCCCCACAUCGGUUGGACGGCGCAGCAGGCACCACGCCACGCAUCCCUAGCGCACCCAGCGCAUUCACAGCAGCAGCAGCAGCGGCGGCAGCGGCAGGAGAAGGGGAUCACAAGGGCACCGUGAGCAUCGACUCGCAGUCGUCCCCCGCCUUCUUCCCACGAGACGUCGGUCCGCUGCCCGCGACGCGGACCCGUGCGCGGAACCGGCUGCCCUCCGGCACACACAUUGGCCGCCGCCCGCGCUCCGUCGCGAACCGUCGCACCGGCGACACCGCGAGCCCUGCCCUCGCCCUCGACCUGCUCGACAGCACCGACAACGUGAAUCUUCUGUCCAGCACGGUGUACUACGGCUCGCCGGCUGCGAACGCUCUCGACACUGCAGGAGCCGCCGCUGGAGGAGGUGGGGGUGGAACAGCAGGUCGCGGUGCGCCCACCCCGACCUCAAUACCCCGCCCACGCGGGUCUUACGUGGCGAUGGGCGGGCAAGGCGUCGGCGUCGGUGGUGGUGGUGGACGCGGCGCUGGACACGCCCGCGGCGACGUUCUCCUGCCCGGCGGCACUCGCACCGCGGCGGCUGUUCCGCACCGUCGCCGCGCCGAUCCCUCGCCGGCCCCCUCCCGACCACCGCGCGCGCGCAAAGGAGCGGCGGUGAUGCGAGCGACGAACAACAGCGCGACGACGCCCGGGUCCCCGGCCCUCUGCCUCACGCCCGCCCCGACGGUCUCGCCGUCGUCGCCGCUGCAUCUGGAGCUGGCACGGACGCAGAUGAGCUCGAGUGGGCAAAGUGCGAGCGAGCACUGCGGCGUGGUGAAGCUGGUGCCGUCAGCCGUGAUUCCUUCGGCCUCCCAGCAGCGCCCCAUCCUGUCCAUUCCAAACUCCCCAGGCGCGUCCUCGCCAGUGAGCGGCAGCCUCGAGACGCGGUGCCUCUUCACGAACGAUAAGGACGCGGCGACGCCCACUACGGGCACCAACAACCGCGGCGUGGCGGCGGGUGGCAGCGCGGCGAAGCCGCCAUCUGGGCGCCUCGUCGGCGACGCUGCGGCUCUCACCCCCACUCCACGUACGAGCAUCCCCUCUCUGCGUGGGGUGGAGGUAAGCACUCCGCUGCGGCAGGAUUACUCGAAGCUGGCGGAGCGCUACAUCCAACUCUGUAGCGCCGUCGGCGAACUCCCGAAUGAGGAAUGGAUCAGCGGACUGCAGUCGACGGAGAACGAAAGCGGGCAACGUCCGCAGAGGCACAACUCGAAGAACUUCAUCGCAGCAGGCACGUUCUCCGGUGAGGCGGCCACGGGUGCAGCGGACGUGAAGGAACUGGACGUAACGCGGAUGUCGAGCAACGUACCCGUCAGCACCACAGCGGCAGCAGCAGCCAAACAAUCCACGUCGACGCCACGCGGCGCUGGCGGCGGCGCUCGUCAGCGGGGCAGCAGCACCACCGCCGCUACGCCACGCGCACGUACGCCGGUCGCGUCUCGCGCGAAGUCCCCGGGUGGUGGCACGGUCCCCUCCACCACCACCACCACGACGAAUGCGCCGGCGAAGCGCAGUGGCAGUGUCGGUCGCAUCACGACGGUGAAUCGAGCCAGCAUUCUCGGCAGCAGCAUCAGCCAGGCGCACGGCACCGGGGCGGGGCACACCCCACGUACGCGGGGCACCACGAGCGGGCGGAGCAAAGCCACUGCAGCGACGCCGACGUCGGUGCCUCCGACCCCGCGCGAGACCAUGGCGGACGUGUACGCGCAGCGGAUCUCGCGCUACUGCGCGGAGCACCUGUACCCCUACGUCGACAGCAUGAAGCACCUUCAGCAGCAGCAGCAGACCCUCGAUGAGGUGCUACAGGCGUUUCUAAACAUCGCGGCGUCCGUCAUGGUGCCGAGUGCAUCCAGCCACAACGAUAGCAACACCGCAGGAGAAGCACCGUACAAGUCGUCUGCACCGCUGCCCGUGAACCCUGCUCACCUCACCAGCACCAACCACACGAGUGUCUCCCACAGCCACCGUGGUCCCGUCGGCAGCGGAAAGGGUGUGCCAGCCGCAUCGAGCCCGGUGCCCUCCAGCCUCGGCACGACACCCCGCAAACUGAGCGCGUCUCGCAAAAGCGUCCCCUCACCUCUGCCCAACACCGCGUCUGCUGCCGCCGCUACCGCCAUCGUGAGUCGUCGCUCCGCCACGACCAAGGCCGCCUCGCUGACGGAUGGGCUGCAGAACGUGCAGGGAGCCGUUGUAGCUCUCUUGAGCGUUUUGGCCGACGGUACGCGGUUGGCGCACCGGCCCGCCACGAAUCGGCCCUCCCCGGCCAACGAAGAUGAGCUGACCAGCAGUAAAAGCCAGAGCUUCAGCAAGUUCGCCGGGCCCCUCCCGCCGAUGCACGCGGCGCUUGUUCCGCUGGGCGCCGCCAUGAUAUCGCAACAAAGCACGGUGUCCGGGGCAAACACCUGCGGCAACAACAAUAAUAAUAACAACGUUCCAUCGCCGGCUGACCGAUCGCAAACGCUGGCGCAGCUCAUCCCCACACCUUCGCCAUCCUCCAUCAAUGAAGCCGUGCCGGGCGCACCGUUUCCCACUGUCAAUGGCCCCGCGAGCAAACGAGAAGACGCGGCUCAGUCGCCGCUGAGCGGCACCGCGCACAACAGAACUCCAUCGACGAGCGCGCUGGAGGGCGGCACAGGCGGCGGCGCCUCCGCGACGAUGACGACGUUGUGUCCUCCGCCCAUUCGUUUUGUGGACUUCGUGGAGGCGCAGGAGAGGUCGAUUGCGGUGCAGCUCCGUGGGGUGUGUGAGACGGUGCGUGCGGCGCUCGGCACGCCUGCCGUGGUUGUGGGGAGUGCACGCACUGCUGCAGCGGCGGCGAAGCCGAUGAAGAACGCCGUGUCCGCAGCAGAGGAGACCCCCGCCGGGUCGCUGGUGCAGCUGGAGCACGCCGACAUGCUCGACAACCCGUUUUUCGUGCCCAACAAGUAUCUGCAGAACCUCGCCGCAACGCUCGCCAGCAGCGACACCAACAUCAACGGUGCGCACACGGACGACGAAGCAGCGGCGGAGACGCACACACCGAAGAGGCCUUCGCAGGGUGACACCAGCAGCGUCCGCAAGGGAACCAAACCAGCUGCCACUACCACGACGAAGUCCGCUAAGACGGCCACGAAGAAGGCAAAGAGCGCCAAAUCUUCUGGAGGGUUAGGAGGCGGCGGUGGCAGCAUCAGUGGUGACACCACCACCACCACAGCCGGCAGCGUCACCGGGCGCUCCUCUGCCGAGAGCACGCCGCGGCACCGCGCCAGUCUGGGCGCCUUCGCGCCACUCUUCACCGUGCAGCUGUCCACCGAAGAUGCGGCGCCGAGCGAGAACGAUAACACCGAACCGCAGCGCCGCUCGAUCAGCUCGAGCAGCACCGAGAACAACACCACGACCGGCGUGUCGGGCAACAGCGCUGCGGAGACUUUUGUCCUCCACUGCAUCCAGCCGACGACAGCGGCGGCCACCGGUCUUACGCCGCGGCGGAGUGUCGACGGCGACGUCGCUAGCGGCCGGCAGAACUCGCUGCAGUACACCGUGACCGACCUCGCCGCGGCCUCCGCCGCUAGCAUCGCCUCCAACACCGCCGCAGCGUCCUCGUCAUCGUCGCUGCUGAGCGCGACCACGGCGGAGAAGAGUGCAGGGGGGAAGACAUCGAAGCGGGCGAAGAGCGCGGGUGUCAGCAAUCGCGGCGGCGGUGCAGGGCAACGUUCCAAGUCGUCCGGGGCCUCUACACGGGUCGGCACCGCUACCACAACCACAGCAUCUGCUGCGACGGUGGCAGGUGGCGGCGGUGCGGCAUCUUCCUCCGACACCCCCCGCACCGCCCUUGUCGCGCCGUGGUUGACGCCGCAAGGUGGUCGCGGCAGCAACGCCUCCGGUGCGUCCUCCUCGGGCAAGAAGCCACGCAAGAAGUCAGGCACCGUGGUCUUGAACAGCACACUCAGCGGCAGCACCGGCGGUCUCUCCUCCACCUCGACGGCCUCCGUGGCGCACACGCGCCUCAGCGCACACGGUCAUCGCCACACGCAGACGACGACGGCGGCGCAGGUCGAGCGGCAGCGGCAGCUGGCCACGGCGUGGAAGAUGUGGAACGCGCUCGAGCACCGCUUUGUGUCGUCGCGCAAAGCGUCCGGGGCGACCCGACCGAGCACCCCCGAUGUCGCGGCGGAUGGAGAGGAGAAGGAGAAGGAGAAGGAGAAGGAGGAGAGGGAAUGCGCAGUAGAAGGUGACGCGGCGCAGCAGUUCUCACUGCGGCCGUGCUCGGCUUCACCGAUUGACACCCUCUCCACCUCGCCGCGUGUGCGGGUAGCAGGAGCCAUGACAGCAACAGCAGAUAAUAGUGACGCGUCCACCGACCACACCCUGAAGUCGGAGGGGGCGACGAGCUACUCCACGCCGCCCACCGCCAAGGCAUCGACUGCGGCGGCGACGCCUGCGCAGGGCGUGGUGGUGGAGGUGCCAGAAGUAGCGAGCACGGACGGUGCGGCGAGACCAGGCGAGGAAGACCCGGAUGCCGAAAUGCUCGUGUGCGGGGGAAAGGGAAAGAUCCCGUUCGAGUCGAUCACACACAGCCCGAAUCAACAACUAGAAGGCACCAUCAGCCCCUCCGGCACCGCCGUCUUCGGCCAGCAGUCGGCGGCGGUCGGCGGUGGGGACGCGGAGGACGAGGGUGACGGAAACACCGGCCUCAGCGCCACCUGCGCACGCAUCGCGGAGAACAUGUCUAUCCUGUCCAGCGGGCCGUGUGUGCCCCGCCGGCUUGACUUGGAGGAGACGACCGCGCUGCCGACGCAGAGCGACCUGCCCACGGAGUCGGCGAGUCAGCAGUCGAGUGCGACCAUCGCACCGCACACCCUGUCCGUGACGAUGGCGCAGGAUGAAGUUCUCGCCUCGGCAUCCGCGCUGACGUCCGCGGAGACUCUCGACCACUCUGCAGCGACCCCGCUGCGCGUGACCACGGUAGAGGAGGAAAAGGCAGCGCAGCACAUAGUGGAUUGGUGGGUGCUCGUGCGAGAGCGGCGGCGAAGCGUGGCACAGGUGCGUGCCGCCCACGCCGUCGCCAACGAGCGGCAGCACCGUAAAGUAAUGGAGGGGCGUGUGCGUCACUUCCUUCUUCGGUGUGUCUGCCGGUUGAGGUUGCGUCGUCGCGCGCGUGACGCGGCGGACGUCGUCGAGACGCGCAGGAGCAGUAGUAGCAAUAAACAAAAGCCGAUCGAGUCGGUGGUCUCUCCUUUCCUGGCCACAUUAAGCCCCACCGUGGCCGCGACGAGUCGUGAGAAGUUCCUGCGUUCGAAGGAGCAACGAAGGGCGCUGGCCGCUGGUGGGGCGUCCGCCGCGGUCGCAACACCCGCCACUUCAGGCUCGUCCCUUACGAGUAAAGAUGGCAAGGAUAGUGGUGGUGUCGGUCCGAUCCCGCCGCUGCCGCUCGUCGCCAGCGGCAUCUCGACCUUCGCGAUGGGCACGUACGAGUCGGACAGCAGCUUCACCGUAGCCGCGAUCCACCGCCUGCUGCACGCCCCGCCGUCGCUGCUGCACGCCACAUGCACGGUGGCCUUGCACUACCCAACCCACCCGCCGAUGGCGUACUUGGACAACACAACUCGCGCCAAGUCGAACGAGGUAGUCGACGAGGCGGAGCGGCAGCAGAGCGAGGCCCCGCCCGCGGCAGAGGCACGUCUUGGAGCUGGUGCCUCGAGCACCUACGCGAGCCGCAGCAACGGUGCCAGCACGGCGCCGCACGAGAGACUGUGGCGCAUGAAGGGCGUCUGCUUUGUGCGCCUCCGCGACCUCCGCGAGUACCCGUGCGGGGAGUACGCCGCCCGCAUCCCGCCCCGCACCGUUUCCGCGGCGAUGGACGGCCCCUCCGUCAGCGUCGCCGGUGUCGGCGUCACACCGCUGGACGUCACCGUCAACGCCCUCGUCACCUCUUACCGCGGCGGCAGUCGGCAGCAAACGAGCGCGACGACGCUGUUCAUCCCUGCCACGAUGCGGUACGACAGCGUGGUGGACCCAGAUGAGCUGCACCACCGCAAGCCGGUUUCGAAGUCCUUCCUUCGACCCUUUGAGCAGUGGGGCAUGGCCUACCACCUCAACUCGCGCGUCUUCUGCGCCGCGGCCAUCUAUGCCUGGCAGCUCAUCUUCAGCCACACCCCGUUUGACGACGCGAAGCAGCGGGAGCUGCCCACGCGGGAGGAGCGGCAGGUCCGACUGGAGCGGGUGGCGGACCGGAACGACAUCAUCCUCGACUGCUACGGCGUGCGCAGCGAGCGGGAGUGGAUGCGGGAGGCGACGAAGGACUUGUCUUUUGUCGGUCAGAUCUACGUGCCCCACUACCCCGACGACGACCCGGCGCAGGAGAAGGAAUGCCGGUGCAACUACGAUUUCGUGAAGGAUUUCCUGUUCCAGUGCUUCCCGAACAUCAACAAGCUGAGCGAGAUUCCUGACUUUCUCGUAGGCGCCGGGAUUUACUUCGUGCUGAAGGAAGUGUUCCACAUGAGCAAGGACGCCCCGUUAACGCGGCGGCUGCAGAAGUACGUGCCGCACAUCUUGGUGAAGGCCGGCGAGGACUACCUGCACGCCAUCACGCCCGCCUCCUCGCCGCUUUACGCCGGCGCCGACGACGUGGGCAGCGACGAGGACGCGGAUGAGGACGAGAACGACGCAGACGCCGGCCCUCCCCUCGGCCGGGCGAUCACUGUGACGUCCGCCGCCCCCACCUCGCUCGCCACCCCACGGGCGACAGACUACGGCAAAGGCGGCAACGGCCUGUCGGGUCUCCAGCGCGCCGCCUUGAACCGCUAUGAGCAGCUGCGGCAGCUUUAUCACCUCAGCUACGGCAUGCUGGACGAGGAGGAGCGGGCGGCGUGUGCGUGGGGCGGGGUGCCGCUGCGUGACAAGAUCGCGGUCAUCCAAGCCCCCGCCCUGUCCCUUCGCCCACCUUCGGGCACUACGCUUCCGGACAACGACAAGAUUAAAAGCCUCGCCAACGACGAUCGAUACGCGUCGGAGGAGGCGGCCUUCAUCACGACCCCGAUGCGACGGUUCAUGGCGCACAGCGGCGCCGGUCCGGUGACGCCGCUGCGGGCUACGCCGACCACCACCGCGCUCAGCUCCGCUUUCAACACCCCAGCUGCCAUGCGGGAAGGACCACGCCGCCGCGGCAGCAGCAGCAAUAAUAGUGUCGGCACCGCCGCCGCCAACAACAGGUCCACGUCGGCCCCCGCACCGUCGUCGCCGAAGCAUACGCUUCCUCCCCGUGAGUCGGAUAUCCAGCUUGCACACGUGCCGCAUCGACUGCUGCGCUCGUCCGCCGCAGAUGCGCAGUUUGUGCGCGAGUUUGCAGAGGAGGUCAGCAAGUCCGUGCGCCGCAUCGUGGAUAGCGUCGCGGGGUGCGCCAACGACCUCUCGCUGAACGCCACCGACCUGCCCGCGGCGUUGACGGCGGCGGCGGACGUGCACGAUGCACUGGAUAUCGCCUACCCGGAUCACUUUCUGGUGAAGCUGAGUGAGAUGUUGGCGUUUGAGCUCUACGGGUUGAAGCUGUCGUUGGGCAGCUGCGAAGACCUGGAUUCGACAACUUCGUAA